AUGGCAGUUGUUGAGCAGAUUGCUGCCCUGGACCUGCUCUUUCCAGCUCAUGAAGAUUGGGAGCUGUCGGGGCUGGGCGUGCCAGAAGAGGAGAUACUGGAGCAAACCGACAAUUUAAAGUCCCGACACCCAGCUAAGACGUUCUGCGCUGAAAGGGGAUUUAUGAACGAAGUGACUGAGCAACCGGCGAUAACAGGCGCCCGGACAGACAGACCGACAGACAGGGGAAGCGAGAAGAUGGGGCCAGUCACCUACUUCAGCCUCUGCCUCCUCGGCUGCCUGAUCUUUAACCCCUCACUGGAAGGGGCACAGGCUGGGUCCUGUCCCAGGGGCUGGCUACCCUUCCAAGGCAACUGCUAUGGAUACUUCCCCCAAGACAAAACCUGGCUAGAGGCUGAGGCUCAUUGCCAGCACCACUGGCAUGGGGCCCAUCUCGUCUCCAUUCACAGUGCUGGAGAAAAUAAUAUGAUGGCCCAUUAUAUCAAGCGGUACCACAGAAACAAGAGUCCGGUCUGGAUCGGACUGUGGGAUCUUGAGCAGAUUCAAAACUGGAGAUGGUCAGAUAAAUCCCCGUUCAGCUUCAGAGCUUGGGAGAAAGGGCAACCUAAUAGUCGGAGAAGAAAUGAGCACUGUGCAGUGUUCAAACACAGUCUAGGUUUUCAGAAAUGGCACGAUUAUCCCUGUGAAGAGAGAUUCUCUUUCAUUUGUAAACGCAAACCCUAG